GACAAAGCAGGCACGCAGCGAACCAGACAGACGACCGAGCGGUCUGGUUACACGCGCGGACGAGGAGCCGAGCGGGCGAGCACCUCUCCCAGUUUCCCUCCCCUCCCAGACCUAGCGGCGCCGCGUGGGCGGCGGCGAUUCCAAGUCCGGCCGGCCCUCGGCCUCUGGCUCCGGCGCUCCGCCCCUCCCCUCCGCCAACUGGACAGCUCUCCCUCCCCUCCCCUCCCCUCCGCGCGGGCGGCGGCGAUUCCAAGUCCGGCCGGCCCUCUCCUCCCCUCGGCCUCCCCUGCUGACUCCCUCCACCGCUGACCGUCUCCUCCAGCACAGCUCCACCAAGGAGCAAAUUCCUGGCUCCACCACCCUGCAGGUCACCGUCCAGGCGGACACCUCCGCGCACGCAGCCGUGCCGCUCGCGCGCCGCCCUACAGAGGAAGAGUAGGCUCGUCGCCGGCGGGCGGCAUGAAGAGCUUCCCCGUGGCCGGCGGCCGUAGCGUCUCCCUCGCCCUCUUCUCCGAUGUCUCCAACAGCCAGGAGCUCCUCGACCUGAUGCAGUCGGGGAAGCUGGAGCCAGAGGCCGCUUUUAUCAAUGCAUCGCUGGUGCCGGAUGUGUUCCCGGUUCUUGCGGCAGCGCACAAGGCGCUGCUCUCGAAGUCGAGGGAGUCGCUGACUACGAGGACCCUGCACUCCGAGCUCGUCUACAACUACUCUGGUUCGAAGCAUAUAUCAGAGUCCCUGAAGCGAUGCGGUAUCGCUGAUGACACACAGUAUAUCCUCGCAGCUCGGUUUGAUGCUUCAGAUGAAGAGAUGAAAGCACUGGAAAAGCUCAUCAGCGGAACCGAGAUUGAUCUAUCGGAAUUGGAGUCAAGAGCAAACCAACCAAAGAUUCUGAAGCAAUACAAAAUAACUCCACAGGAACUAUCAAUAUCUACACUGCCAGAUGCAAUCGUUUGCAGGAUUGCUGCUCGAGACGCCCUCUGAGGUCUUAAACGAUGGCCAGGAUGCUUUCCAGCUGUGCGUGUCGAAUUCUUUGGACGAACACUGCAUCUGUUGCGCACUUGCGCCUCCAGUUGAUGGUCAAGCUCGCGGCAGGACGUUUCAAGCCUGAGUUUAGGAAUUGCAUUACGAUAGGCAUGUAGUGUUGGAUGCUGUAGCAACAAUUGAAUAUUUGUAUGGUGACAGGCUCUAAGAUCACUUCGUCAAGAUUUUAGGCAGGCCACCUGCAGAGAUAUUGCGAUGUUGAUUCAGAACAGUUGUUUCAGUGGUAGGACCGAUAAUCAGAUAGGGCAAGGCACUAUUGGUUGGACCGUUU